AUGACAGGUGAGACAGAUUCCAACUGUAUCAUGGAGAGGAAAUGUCUGAUCACGUUCUGUGUCCAAGCAAUAGGUGGGGAGAAAUGUAAGAGUAAAAAACUGCUGAGUAAGAGUAACUUUAAAAAAUUCUCUGAACUUUGCAUAUACGCAUGGAAAGGCGAGACUGUGGAGGAUGCUCUGCACCGGGACGGGCGUUUUGCUGACAUAGUGUUCCGCAAACAGUGCAAGCUAUUUGAGUCAACUAGAAAAGUACACGUUGAGAUGAGUUCAUCUGUUGAUGAGCUAAAUGGAAAUCACUUUGAAAUAAGACUAAGCAAUAAAGACAGAAAUUCGCUACAAGAUAAUUUCACGAAUUCAGUUGAGGGUGCCACAGAUGCUGCAUCAAGUCCAGGUGUCAGUGUUCAAGCUGGGUCCUCCCAAAAUCCACCUCAGUCCCUCUCCAAUCCUGACAAGGCAGCUGCAGAAAAACCCUCUCCUACACCAAAAAACACAUACAAACCCAUAGCAGACUCAGAAGAGGUCCUGAAGAUCCUGCGCUCCCAGUUUGAUGGUCUUGUGAAGCUAAUGAAGGAGAGAGAGAAUGUAAAGACAUUACCCAAAGUGUUGGACCUACUGAGGGAAGAGUUUGGGAAGAAUACACAGGUCUUUUGGAAGGUGUCCCAGAUGAAGAAACUGGUGGAGCUGAGUGAAUCUGUCUGUCAGAUUUGCAUCAAUGGUACAGCUGUGGCCACAGGCUUCCUACUCUUUGAUGGUUUCAUCCUGACAAAUGCACAUGUGCUUAAGGACAGAUGUGCUGUAGAUGGGAGUCUGACUGCCACAGUGACUGUCAUUUUCACUACUGUAGAUGCAAGUGAGCAAGCACAAAGCCAUAAGCAUGGUGUAGAAGGAAUAGUUUGUGGUAGUUAUAAUUUAGAUGCUCAAAAAAAUCCAAAUGUAUACCUGGAUUAUGUUUUACUGAAGAUCAGGUCAGAAACAACAAACCUCCCUCUGGGGCUCCUUGAGAAAUAUAGACACCCACCACCAAGAGGUGGGAUCUGCAUCAUUGGAUACCCAGAGGACAGUGAGCAAAGAAUAGACCUCAGCUCCAUAAUUGAAAGUGAACAAAGAGAUGCAGCUGUUGAAAAACAUCUAUAUGAGAAUACCCACUUCCUUCAGUGGAUAAACACUGUUUGGAAAGAGCAGGAUUGGAACACUGACAUUGUGGGGCAGGACAGUAAGGUGGUGACCUAUGACACUUGCUUUUUCCAUGGAUCAUCGGGGUCUCCAGUUUUUGGGGAGGACUGUCAGCUGAUCGCCAUGCACACAGGCGGCUACUUUUACAAGCCAGAUAAGUCUCGGAGCAUAAUUGAGUACGCCAUUCCUCUGUCGUCCAUACUAGAGAACUUUCUUUUGGAGAUGCUGAACAAACAGAAUCUCACCAUACUCUCAGCAUUCACUGUGAAAGCAAUGAUGUGUGAUGCUCUACGCUCCCUCAUCGCACGGUUUAUCACCUACAUUGUGCAGAGUUGGAAAGCAGAAUUUGAAACAUGCCUGUCUACAGUCCUGUUUGCGGUGAAUAGUUCUGAUGAAAAUGUGCAGCUGCAACUCGGUAUGGAAAUCAUUAAAGUCAUGGAGUCACAGUCUGCAUGUGGAGAUUGGAAGACAUGUUUUAACCAACACCAGAAUGUACCAGAAGGGUCUAGUCUGGUCACACUCCAUCAGUUCCUCUGUAACUCCUCUGUGAGAACUAAACAGAAAGAGGAGUUGUAUUCACCAAUCAGUAAGGGGAAGGCAGGUUAAUUGUAUUGUACCCUUUUUCCACAAAACACAAUUACCCCCUUGCUAUAAUUGAUAAUUCAUUAGGGGUAUCACUCAAACCAGAAAAUAGAAUCUCCCCUUUUUGACCUCAACAGGAUUUUCAGCCUUUUAUUUCUUUUAGUGUUGUAGGUAUGAUACUAUAACUUUGCAUAUCUAGUUAAGCUAAGUGUGUGUGCAUGUGUGUGUGUAUUUGUGCAACAACUAUAAAUACCUGUGGGCAGGGUUAGAGCGAGGUCAUAUCCAAAUGAGAGAGAAUAGCAAAUGUGUACUCUUUAUUUCAUACAACAAGAUGUGUAUAUGUGGGAGGUAAUUUGUAAUAUACAUUAAUAUGAUGUUUAAUGAUAUAAUGAUUGUUAUUUAUUAAUAUGUGUAUUGAUUCAGUUGAUACUGUUGGCCUACUACACUUAUUUGAAUGAAAGAUGGAAGAUGUUAAAAUAAUGAUUUAUAAUCAUGAAUCCAUGUGCCUGAAACUGCAAUCCACUUACCGUUUAAGUUUAUUCAGUAAAACAGCCACCUUCAUGGCUCUUGACAUCAGUCAUACUGUAAUUCAUAUAUUAAAUUGUGGUAAUUUUCCUUUUGGACUCUUGUGGGAGUUGGCCACUUAGUUUGCAACAGAUAUUUCUCAGACUACUUCCCCAUGUUGGGCCUUCUUCUUCUUCUUUUUUUUUUUUUGUUUUGCUUUCAUUGUUUUGACAAAGAAGUUUCUAAUAAAGCCUCAUCCUGGAAUAUGGAAUGUAAAUUGCCCUCCAUUCAAGUAAUUCAGUAAAUGGUUGGCAGCCUCUGGCAGAUUAUGAUCCUUGGGUAAAGGACUUACAUAGACUAAAAUGUCUCUUUUAAGUCCCAGAGAAAGCUUUUCAAUGCAGUGUUUCAGUGUAAUCUAUUCAUAAUCAUUUGCUAUUUUAUUUUACAUGAUUGCAUUUUAUUUUACUUAUUUCAUUUUGAUUUUGAUUGUAUUUUUUAAUCACAAGAUCUGCAAGGUUGCAGCACCUCUGUUUUAUUGAUUACUAUUUUUUAUUUUACAUGAAUUAUCAUAUGCUAUUUCUUA